CAAAUAUUCCACGUGGCAUAAAAUCAUUCGCUGAACCGACUUUUCUCUAUCUCUCCGUUGUCACGCAUAUGUAUACCAUCAUUGAUAUUUUAGUGAAGGAGGGUGAAAAAGAAAAGUUUAUAAGGGCAAAAUCGUCAACCCAACCUCCUUUUAUAAUUGCUCCCUUUAUUCUUUAAUAACACAUCCUAAAUUCUAAUAAAAAAAAAACCAUUUAAAAAGAAAAAAUACACUUCCUUUCUUCGCCUUGGACUUCACUUGUACGCAGUCAUCAUCUCCUAAUUCUCCCUCCAUUUUCUCUCUCCUAAAUCCUCUCUUCUUCUGAUCACUCACGCCAUGGCCAAUGCAGCUUCUGGGAUGGCAGUCCAUGAUGACUGCAAGCUGAAAUUUUUGGAGCUGAAAGCUAAGCGCACACACCGUUUCAUCGUUUUUAAGAUUGAAGAGAAGCAGAAGCAGGUAAUUGUUGAAAAAAUUGGAGAGCCAACUGAAACUUAUGAAGACUUUAGUGCAGCUCUUCCUGCUGAUGAAUGUCGAUAUGCUGUGUUUGACUUUGAUUUCGUAACAGAGGAAAACUGCCAGAAAAGCAAGAUCUUUUUCAUUGCUUGGUCUCCCGACACAGCAAGAGUGAGGAGCAAGAUGAUUUAUGCAAGUUCAAAGGACAGGUUCAAGCGGGAAUUGGAUGGCAUUCAGGUGGAGCUUCAGGCAACCGAUCCCACUGAGAUGGGACUUGAUGUUUUCAAUAGCCGAGCUCGCUGAAUUGGACAGGCUAGUUAUGAAGAAGCUUUUUUUUCCGUGCGCACUCUUUUUAACUUGAAAAAAAAAGUGAAGUUAAUAGUUUGUUAAUUGUGGAUCUUGGAUGUUAUAUACUUAUUUACUUGAGUUGUCCCAAGUUUGACCUUAAGAUCUUGUGCCUAUCUUGGUCUCAAUGCACAUUUAUAUUGGUGAUAAAUUCAAUUUGUCUAUACCUGUUGGUAUAGUGUGGUUCAACUAGCUAGUAUGUAUCAUUGUGGGGUUCGACAGCUCAUUUUGCGCUGUCUUUUUAAAAAUGAAGGCUACUGAAUUUGGCUCUA